AUGGCUGACCUUCCGAAACUUGUUUACUUCCAAUGUUUUAUGCUGGUCUUGUCAGUCAUCGUUACCGUUUCCGCCGCCCCGACUCGCCUCGACCCCCAACCCGAGCCCGCAUACGUCCCCGAACCAAACACAAGAGGAACCGUCAAGUUAUUCUGGAACUGUUUCACCACGUUCAUCCUGUGUGUGUGGACAGCGGUACAUCCGGAUGUCGUUCCUGUUAAGGGCUCCUGGCCCAUCAACUGCUACAAGUUUUUCAUGAUGACCUGGGCCAUUGUGAUCCCGGAACUGCUCUUGUGUAUGGCUGUGAUCCAGCUGAAGCAAGCCUUGGAAAUCCGGAACCUCUGGCGGGCGACCUUCACAGAAGAUAGUGACAAACAGUCCUGGCUCGGACUGAGUGGUGCGUUCUUUGUGGUGAUGGGAGGCUACAUUGUGGAGACCGACACCGAUAGUUAUCACGCCAAUCCCAUCCAACUUGAAACACAGAAACCAACAUCGACGUCAAGUGAUCAAUUGCAUCCACUGGUGACAACAAUUCAGCCGAAAGGGUUCCAAGUCCUGUUGACGGAGGGUACCAUUCAAAACCUGAUCAAAAAUGGAACGUUGCAAAAACGCCACUUUGACCACAGGAUCAUCGAGGACAAGGGCAACGCAAACACCAUCAGCAAGCUCCUGGUUGCCGUGCAGAUUUCUUGGAUGAUCAUCCAAUCUAUCGGUCGAAAGCUGUCCGGACUCCCGGUUACUCUACUCGAAGUCCACGUUCUGAUCCAGAUCAUUUACUCUAUUGCUGCAUACUGUUGCUGGUGGGCCAAGCCGUUGGAUAUCAAUCGACCCAUUCCACUGGCUAUAGCACCCGGACUCCUGCAGGGCCACAAUGUCACGGUACCGACUGCAGACCAUAAGCGGGAGCUCCCAUUCGUCACAGAGUACUACAAGCACAGUGGAUGGCUCGACAUGUUCUUUCGCGCGGCAUAUGCUGUUCUUCAAUAUCUUGGCCGGCGGGUUGAGUUGUGGGCCUCAAUCCUCGCCAUUGGCAACGGUGCUCUCCACCUGCUCGUGUGGAACUCUUACUUUCCCACCACUGCAGAGCGCAUCAUUUGGCGCAUUUCUGGCAUUGGGCUGGGCGUCUUCCCCUUGAUGGUCUAUUUCAUCAUGUCUUGGAAUGAAGAGUUCGACGAUUUCUUCGUCAAGAUGUGGUAUCUCAUGAGAUUUGAGGAAGGGUCCUGGGCGUGGAUGACAUACAGAAGCCUCUCGAUCAUGGCAGGUCAAUACCAUCUUAGCGUGCGCGGCACCUCAUCCAACCAGAAUGUUCCGAUCUGGCUUCGAUAUCUCCUCCUGUGUGUCUGCACCAUUGCGAUGAUCUUUAGUCGCGGGAACCCGAGCCCUAACGCACCUACCCGUACUCCCCGCAUGCGCCACGAGGAGUCGAAAGUUCGUAUAGCUACAGGGGCCACCGAUGCUAGUGGUAAAAGGACUGAGGGGUUGACCCCGGUCAGUGCAAUUUCAAGGAGGGGCAUGGUCAGGAUUGAGGCUAAGCAGGAAGGAAUCAUUCACGACCCGCCCUCCUAUGCAUCGGAGUAUGAGUCCGUUCAACUCUCCAACGGCCCUACCGUAUGCUUGGUCGGUCCGACCGGCACUCCGAGCCAAAAUCGACCUUAUUUCUCAGAGGACGGAUACCCGGUAAAAUAUGUCUUCUACAAUGUGCAUACGUGGAACAGCCAAGGGCCACACCGCAGAGUCAAAGGUGUGAGAACAUACAGUCCGGGGGGCUCAAAAAUUGUGCCCACGGGCAUGGAUAAGCGUGUGAUGCCCAGUCUUGCAACGCAGUCGAUUCGUACUCAAGAGCUGGGCAUCUUUUCUCGAUAUGUGGAGGCCGACUAUUCCGGCCUGUGGGCUUGCUAUGCACCACGCAUGGACCCUAACUGGCUUGACUUCGUUAUGCAUCCAGCGCAGCCUCCUCCCACGUUUCUCCAGCUUGCAGUACGUGCCUUGGCAAUUCUGCAUCUUGGACAGACGGAGAAUCCGAGGUUGGUUGCCGAGAAUAACGGCAACAAGGUGUCUCCCUAUAUUAUCGGAUAA